ACACAUGGGAUUACAAAAGCAAAGAAUUAUAUUGAAACAGUUGUCCAAAAACUUUUUAAAAAAGAAAUUCAUUGACUCCAGGCUAUGAACCCUUGGUCUAGAUUUCUAGGGGCCCUUUCAGUUCCAUACUAUGACAAGUCUGCCAUUUAUAUGACUCUGAGUCUUACUGUGAGUUAAGUAUAGACUUGAAAGGCUGUUUGGCUUUUUUUCUUUCUUGGAAUCUGAUGAUAAUCACUGGAUUACAGAUAUAGAGCCAAAGGGGAGGGCCAAGUGUUGAGGUGGAAGGAACCACUGAGCCCCAAGGCCCCUUCAAGGUCAAUAAAGCUUGGUUAAACACAUAAUACGUGCCAGGCACUGCACAGUCCCUGCCCUCAAGGAGGUCACAGUCGAACUGGGGAGACCACAUGCAGACUACGGGACAGGCGAACUACGCACAGGAUAAAUAAGAGAUAAUUAGCAGAGGGAAAGGCUUCCAGUAAACUCCGGCAUUUUAGUAGGGCCUUAAAAGGAAGCCCGGGAGGUCAGUGGGCGGGGCGCAGGAGGGGCGGCGUCGCAGGCCUGGGGGGAGGAGAUGGAGGGUCUGGUACUCGGACAGCCGGGAGGGAGGCCGGGUCACGGGCCGGAAGAUGUUUUAUUAAGAUCCCGUGCAGAGCACAUGAUCCACAGAACUAGGACAAAAAGGAAUCGUCUCAAAAGGCUGUGCUUGGGAUUUUGGAGGCUGGGAGGCUGCCUGUGGCGGGACUCUGGAUGUCUGCCCCAAGAUGUGGAACUGGGGGCUCCGAAGCCUGUUGCCAUUCUGUCUUGCUUCCAAGAAGAAGCAGACAUGUGACUCCAUUUGGGGAAUUUAGACUUUCGUGAGUUUGCUCUUAAGUCAAAUAGACCUGAAGUAAAUGCAUUAGAAGACAGUAAUUCUAGAGCUUGCAUGAUUUACAGCAGAAUUCCUUUUCCUCAUUUCACGUUUCGCACAGAAGAAAGAAAAGAAUGUUUCUUCUCUAUUAAAAUCAGCACAGGCUAAGAGUGAUCAUCCCUAUUUUGUCAUCUAAAAUCAGUCUUGUCAGAGAAACAAAGCAACAAUUUCUACAUCUGCAAGACAAGAAUUUUGGCAUAAGCCAGUAUGUAUAAGGGGUAAUACUUGGAACACCCACAGAGUUCACGAUAGAAAAAAAAUCUUCCCAGCACAUGUCAGAAAGUUACUGGGACACAGGUUAAUGUCAUUUUCAACUGAAUACUUUUCAGCUCUCAAAGGACUUAUUGUCAGUUUAUCCAUUGGAACAUCAUUAUUUCAAAAAAUAUGUCCAUCAGGGGGUUGAAGAAAAAGCAGCCAAAGAUUUUCAAAGUCAAAGUGAUCACAAUGGAUGCCGAGAUGGAAUUCAGCUGUGAGAUGAAAUGGAAGGGGAAAGAUUUGUUUGAUCUGGUGUGCCGAGCUCUAGGGCUCCGGGAAACCUGGUUCUUUGGCCUGCAGUAUGCCGUUAAGGGAGUCUGUGCAUGGUUGAAGAUGGAAAAAAAGGUUUUGGAACAAGAAAUUCCCAAGGAAGAUCCAAUAAAAUUCUGGUUUUUGGCCAAGUUUUACCCAGAGAAGGUGGAGGAAGAACUCCUUCAGGAAAUCACUCAACACCUUUUUUUUCUUCAGGUGAAGAAACAGAUAUUGGACGAAGAAAUCUAUUGUUCUCCGGAGGUCACUGUUUUGUUGGCUUCAUAUGCUGUCCAGGCUAAGUAUGGUGACUAUGACCCUAACUUUCACAAGCCAGGCUUCCUAGCCCAGGACGAGCUGUUGCCCAAAAGAGUCGUCAAGCAGUAUCAGAUGACAGUCCACAUGUGGGAAGAAAAGAUAACAGCCUGGUAUGCAGAGCACAGGGGGAUUGCCAGGGAUGAAGCUGAGAUGAACUAUCUGAAAAUUGCCCAAGAUUUGGCAAUGUAUGGUGUCAAUUAUUUCUCCAUUGAACAAAAUAAAAGCCACACAGAUCUCUUGCUUGGUGUAGAUGCUAAAGGGAUCCAUGUCUACAGCGUCAAUAACCGGUUCUCUCCAAACAAAUCUUUUGAGUGGAGCGCAAUCAGAAACAUUUCCUACAGUGAGAAGGAGUUAACAAUUAAGCCUCUUGACAAAAAGGCAGAAGUUUUCAAGUUCUUUUCCUCACAGCUGAAGGUGAAUAAGUUGAUCCUUCAGUUGUGUAUUGGAAAUCAUGACCUAUUCAUGAAGAGGAGAAGAGUGGACUCCAUUGAGAUUCAGCAAAUGAAAGCUCAAGCCAAAGAAGAGAAAGCUCGGAAGAAAAUGGAGCAUCAGAGGCUAGCCAGGGAGAAGCAGCUCAGAGAGGAGGCCGAGAGAGCCAAAGAUGAACUGGAAAGGCGUCUGUUUCAGCUGGAAGCCGAGGCCCGACAAGCCAAUGAGGCCUUACUCCACUCCAAAGAGACAGCGGAGCUGCUGGCAGAGAAGGCACAGAUUGCUGAGGAGGAAGCCAAGCUGCUUGCCCAGAAUGCCGCGGAGGCUGAGCAGGAGCGCCAGCGGCUGGAGAUCACGGCCCUGAAAACCAAGGAAGAGAAACGACUGAUGGAGCAGAAAGUGAGGGAAGCGGAAAGGAUCGCUGCCAAACUGGUGAAGGAAUCAGAUCUGAGAACCAAGGAAACUGAAUACCUGAAACAAGACCUGAGUGAGGCCAGAGAAGCUGAGCACCGAGCAAAGCAGCGGCUCCUGGACGUCACCCAAGUCUCGCACCCUCACACAAGCAGGUAUCCUCAACCUUCUCCUGUUGUGUGUGGAGACCUUGGAGUUGAAAAAGGAUGUACAAAGUUUGAUUUAAGGGAUGUCGACCUGAAGAGACUGUCCUUGGAGAUAGAAAGGGAGAGGUUAGAUUAUUUGGAGAAGAGUAAAAAUUUUGAAGAUCGAUUAAAAGAACUCAAGUCUGAAAUCCAUGCCCUGAAACUUGAGGGAAAACAAAAGGGGCCAAUCUCUCAUUGGAAUGAAGUCUUUGGAUCACUAGACCCCACCUUAAGAAGGGUGCCAUCAUGGAUUAAGCUGGGUGAAGCACAAGGGGGACAGGCUGAACGUCUCCAGAGGCCCUUCCCGCCUUGUCUGCUGAAUGCUUUGCAUAGCUGGCCCUGCAUCAAUACCAACUGCUGUGCCAUGACAGGAGAAAAGUGUUCUCGAACAAACAACUCCAUUUCUAAUAACACCGGAGCAGGAACUCGCAAAAACAUUGUAAAGGUUCAGCAGCGUGACUCAGAUGUGAUCUACAUUUGAAGUUUUUUGGACACACAGCUUCCAGAAGGCGAAUACAUCGAAUUUGUGUAAAAACACCUUCAGUGGGGCUUAAAAGUAAUGUUAAUGGCUCUUCUUACUUAUGGGGUUUAUUGUGUGCCAUGCUUCAGAGAUGGCCAUUUCCUUAUAAAGGGAUACUGAGGACCCUUCCUGAUGCUGCUAAUUUAGAGGGUGGGCCAGGCAGAAAAGGACACCCUCCCUGGAAAAAAGGCAUAAGUCCUACAAAUUAUAUGGACUGUAAUUGGAACACAGACUGUUCCUGUCAUCCUGGUACUGAACACUUUGGCUUGCCCUCAGAUCACUUCUGUUGUUUGUUCCCUGGACUCUGAUCCUGGUAUGGAUGCUUGCUUCUGCUUCUGGCCCCUCUGCUCCCCAUGCCAGUGCUUUGCCACUGGCCCUGGCUCCAUCUAGGGCUUCUGGACGCUCUCUGAAUGGGAACCUUCUUACCCUGGCCUUCCCUGCUCCUUGGCGGGCAGGCUUCAGUUGGAACCUUGGAAGACCCUUAGUUUGCAUCUGCUAUAGCUUUGCUAUCCUAGUCUUAGGAUGUGGCUGGGAAGAAAAGUACAACUAUAUCCAUCUCAUAUUAUUUUCACUGGUGAUCACUGUUUUUUUACCCAGCUUGAAAUAUUACUUAGCCAUUUGAAUAUUGAACUUCUCUCUCAUGUUUUCGCUUGGUGGUAAUGCAGUAAGAAAAUGUCAACCCCCUGUUAGUUUGGCUUCUCUUAUGGGACUCCAAUCGUAGGCCAACAUCAGGAGGGAAGCUUGGAGGCUUUCCUCCAGUCUGUCUCACACCUAAAGGAGGGGAUGGCCUCCAACUUCCCUGAGAAGACUGAGGCACCUGACAGGAGUUCCCUCAUUCCCCCUUGUCCAUAUUUCAGAACUUCUCAGAAGCCUUACUCCUGCUUUCUUCUCCAUCCUACAGAUGAAAAGCCAGCCUUCUCCUUACUGAUGCUAAUCCCUUGCAUCUCCUGUUUUUCCCCUCUCUGGCAUCUUGACUUUCUUUCCUUCCAUUAACUCCCUUCUGCAUGCAAACAUCUCCCCAGUUAAAAAAAAGAAUAAAAACCUUUUUCCUUCUAACCUAAACCCAACUACCAGCACACCUUUCUCUUCUUUUCAUGAAAAACUUCUUGGUCUGUUCCCCCAUGCAGCUGCUUUUUAAAACUUGCAUAUUUUUCUUUUUUUCCCCCCAGUUUUAUUAAUUCAUUGAUUUAUCAACAAUCAC